AUGAUGGAUCCAAUCAUAGUCGCAAAUAGCUUUGUAUUCUGCAAGAGGCAUGGCGACGAGUACUGUCACCUUUGCACUUAUGACCAUCGAUUCACAAACAACUAUCAAAUCCAAGACGACCCCGCCCUUGCAGAUUUAAUCGAGAAUGGAUAUGAUUUAGAUAAUCGCCAACCCAUCAACAUUUACGACCUUGGUGGUGUUGCUGUAGGCAGGAGAAGCGAGGCGACCGAGUCAGACUGUAAAUGCAGAAAGCAUGGCACCAUCGAUUGCAAUACGUGUUUUAACUGGGUAGAGUACAUCAAAAACGGGGCCAAGGAGGCCGAAAGCCAGGAGAAAUGGUUGAACAAAAGGGAGAAGUACUACAAAAACAGGAAUGACUAA